ACAACCAUACUGCUUAAUUCAGACGCUAACAGCAUCUUCAUAGAUCAGGUUUGGGCGGAGCAAAAUGGACUCCCCCUUGUAGAAUUAUAUGUAUUUAUUCCCGUCUAUAAUGUUGAUGGUACACUAAACAUGGGUGGCUGCAUUACGCACAAAUGUUCUUUUGUAGUUGAGUACCAAGGACACAGAGAAUGA